AUGUUGCAAGAGACUUUUUCCUCCCUUUUUUUUUUCUUAUUUUCUUCGUUUUUCUCACAUCUUUCCCCUUCUAAACCAUUCUUUUUUUCUUACCUAUUUUCCUCGUCUUCAUCCAUAUCUUCGUCGUCUUUUUUUUACAUUCUUUGUCUUGUUCUAAUCUUUCGUUUUUUUUUUUUUUUACUUCUUUUUUGUCUGUGUCUCAUUUGUUUUCUUUCUCGUCUUCCACUCCACCACUAUAGAUCUAUCUAUCUAUCUAUCUAUCUAUCUAUCUAUCUAUCUAUCUAUCUAUGUGCCUUGCACGUGACGUCACGCAGUCGCGUCACCAUCUCCAGUCUUCUCUCUCCCCCUCUGGUGUUUCUUCCGCGUUUUUCAACCCCCUCUUCUUCAUACCUCCCGCCCUCAUUUUCUUCGCAGACUAACAUCGCCCUCUUCUCCUCUCUUUUCUUCCCGACCCUUCCGCUUCCUCUCAGAUCGCACCGCCUCUCCUUCCUCCCCGUUCUCCGUUUGACUACCUACCCCCCAUCUCUCUCUCUUUCUCUGAUCGUUAUAUCACAUCCCACCCCGACUAUCUUACCGAUGACGAUUACUCUCUCAAAAUUACUCCAUUCUCUCUCACUUUCACUCUCUCUCUCUCUUUGCCCCCUCUUUCUCAUUCGUUCCGUUUUUCUUUUCCUCUCCAUAUUAUUUGUCUCAACCUUCUCUUAUUGUUCACACAUUUCUUCUUCUUCUUCUUCUUCUUCUUCUUCUUCUUCUUCUUCUUCUUCUUCUUUUUUCUUUUUCAUCUUUUUCAUCUUUUUCAUCUUCUUCCCCUUCCCUCCUUCUUCUUCUUCUUCUUCUCGUCAUCCUCCUCCUUCUCUUUCUUCUUCUUCUUCUUCUUCUUCUUCUACUCGUCAUCCUCCUCCUUCUCUUACUUCUUCUUCUUCUUCUACAGUUAAUAUUAUAUUCUUGGAUAUUCCCUUAUAUAAAUUCUUAUUAACGCACAAACAAGACAAAGGGGAAAAAGUCUUUUCACUCACGCUCCUCCCGACUUAG